AUGGGAACCCCAGGCCGAGCAGCAAUAUCCUGGAUAAGGGUGUUACACGACCGCUCUGUGAUUUCAAAAAUCCCAAAAAACACGGAAACCAUCAUCGGCAUCAUGACUGCCACACCACAACACUGCAUCUGGUACCAGCACUCCACCAGCGAAGAAGGAAUGCUCAAGCACGACUCUAGCAGCACCUACAACAUGAUGCUAGCCAACGUGGUAUGCAUCAAGACCACCAAGGAGAAAGAGCCAGGUGCCGACAUGAACGUCUUCAUGUUUGCCGGCUUCGACCCUUCGCUAGCCUUCAACAGCAAUGCGCAGGCGGUCUUCGACAGCUUCCUAGGUGUGAAGAUGAAGAUCGUCCCAGCGAACAUCACGGGGAAGAACCUCACCAUGGUUAAAACAAAUUAUGCCAAAUCAGAGAUAGGAACUAUUGGAAAUGAUGCCUUGGAACAAGCAGCGCUCGACGCCGACGAGUAA